AUGAAGACAGGCCCACUCCCCGAUACAAAAACCAUCAUUGUGUACAGGAAUGGAGAUGGGUACUUUGUUGGGAGGAAGAUAGUGGUAUACCCACGGGUGUCCACUUUGGAUAUUCUGCUGGAUUACCUGUCAUCAGUGCAGGCAGGCACAGGUUUAGGACAGGUGGCGCAGUUCGGAGCUGUGCGGAGGCUCUACACGGUGCAGGGCCUCAGGGUUCGGCGGCUGAACCAGGUGGAAGCGGGCGGGCGGUACGUGGCAGCAGGCAAUGAAAGCUUCAAACAUCUGCAUUACUCGGAAAUAACAGCCAGGAAACCACAAACUAAAGUGAACGUGCAGAUCCACCCCGUAGACCAUAGCAGUAUCCAGGUGUCCUCUCGCUGGAGCAAAACUAAAGAUGGCACCUGCACAAUACAUGUCUUUACAAACGGGGAGGUCUUAGUUCCUCCAGUGAGAAUUCGUGUACCAAAGUACACCCUGAAAAGCUGGGACAAUGUGCUGGCCAUGGUGACAGAAAAGGUGUGUCUUCGAUCUGGGGCAGUACACAGUCUUUGCACAAUGGAUGGUCGGCCUCUGUCCAGCCCAGCUCAGCUCAGGAACCAGCAGCAUUAUGUUGCCGUGGGAACAGGAAGGUUUAAAGCUCUCCCAUACGACCAGCGUCUCCACAACAGGCCCCUCAACAGUAAAUAUGGCUCACAUGGUGGACGGCAGAGUAAAGCACAAAACCUGUUGGCCCAUGUGCGCCUGUCAGAGGAAUAUGAGAAGACCACUAGUGGCCAGAUGGGAGCAGCAGAGAGGCAGAUGUCAUGUACCUUCUCAAUGCUUGAGGGCAGUGUGUUUGCGGCACAGAGAAGGAGGAGUGAGCUGGCAGGGGCCACAGAGGUGCAGGAGGAUGGCUGGCUCAGCAUGGGGCUGCCCACAGACCAGACCGAGGUCAAGACUAUGGGAGAUGGCAGCUCCCUCUGUGUGCGGGGCUCUGUGUGCCUCCAUGUCCCCUUAAACAUGACCUAUGACUGGGCAGACUGCAGAGGGCCAUUAGAACAGAAUCUGAGCUACUGCAGCCUCUGCAGAGAGGAAAGGAUCCUCAACCACUGUUACAUCUGGGUGUUCAUUCUCACUGCUGCCCUCUGGUGA